CCCGGGCUGUGCUGCAGGAGGGAAUACAGAGGACUCUGCUGUGUCAGGCAGUGCACAGAUGUGUGUGUCAGGGGGAGCGGCCGGGGGGUGUGCGCUGCUCCUGGAGCCUCUCCAGCUCUCUGCCUUUAAUCUUCCCUCAGACAUGUCACCAUUAUUGUGAGUUACUGGUGAAGUUUCACUUCCUGGCAGAGACUUCUUGCCGUGUUCUCUCCGCCGCCCCCUCCGCCCGUCCUCUUAUCUGUCUUUUGUUGCCACAUCCUGUGAGCUGUGGAGAGAGGAGACACCGGAGCCCCCGCCAGGAGCUGCCCCUGCCCAGGGCACAGAUAUUUUAAAGGCACUGAAGCCAAGAUUCAGCUUUCUGUAUAUCCUGGCAGAAGAAGAGGCAGAAACCUAAAUUACAGAUUGUUCUUCGUUCUGCGCUAGUAAAAAAGGCUGUCGCAGAGCCAGAAUGAGUGAGGAGAACAAGGAGUGGGCAAUCCUCAGCCCGGAGGAGUUUACCCAACUGCAGAAGUACAUUGAUUACUGUACCAAAAAGGUUCAAGAUGUUCUGCAGGAGUUUUACGGAGAUGGCACUUCCAGUCCCCAUCUAACGGAGGAGUCAAUAGAUUUUGAAGAGUUUAAGACUUUCUUGAAAGCCUACUUGGAUACAGAUGACCUUUCUCCUGAUCUCUGCAAGCGCUUGUUCAUGUCUUUCCAGGCUGCACCCAUUGCGGAUGGACAAGGGAAUGAAACAAAUGGGGCAAUUCAAAAUGGCCGUGUCAGCUUGAAUGAUGUUUCCUGUUACUUUUCCUUGCUGGAAGGGGGUACAGCAGAGGACAAACUUGCUUUCACCUUUAAGUUGUAUGAUAAAGACAGCAAUGGACUUCUGGACAGCUCUGAAGUGGACCGGAUUAUAACACAAAUGAUGAGAGUUGCUGAAUACUUGGACUGGGAUAUUACUGAACUUAAACCAAUGCUGGAAGAAAUGAUGAGACAAGUAGAUUAUGAUGGUAAUGGUACGGUUUCCUAUGAGGAGUGGCUGAAAGGAGGACUCACCACAGUGCCUUUACUGGUGCUACUAGGAAUGGAAGCUAAUAUAAAGGAUGAUGGGCAGCAUUUGUGGCGUCUGAAGCAUUUUAACCGCCCAGUGUACUGCAAUGUUUGUGAAGCUCUGCUUUUCGGGGUCAGAAAGCAAGGCCUGUGCUGCACUUUUUGUAAGUUUACUGUUCAUGAACGCUGUGCUCGUAAAGCACCGAAUAACUGCAUCAGCACUUAUGCCAAGUCCCGCAAAGAUGCCAGUGGACAGACUCAUAUAUGGGUGAGAGGGGGCUGUGAGGCCAACAAGUGUGACAAAUGCCAGAAAAAGAUAAAAAGCUUUCAGAGUCUAACUGGUCAGCGCUGUGUCUGGUGCCAUACAAAGGUUCAUGAUGAAUGUGUUUCCAUGAUUUCUCCUAAGUGUGAUGGUGGGGUAUUGCGGGACCACAUAUUACCACCUUCCUGCAUUUAUCCUGUAAUCUUGGAACGACAGAACAGCCAAAAGAAUCUUAUUGCUGCCUCAGAAGAAACUGCACAGAGCUUCAGUUCAGCAGAAGGACAGGCUUUACGGAUAAUACCAAUUGCAGACACACGCCCUUUACUUGUCUUUGUCAACCCAAAGAGUGGAGGAAAACAGGGAGAGAGAGUUCUUCGCAAGUUCCAGUACCUGCUGAACCCUCGACAAGUAUAUAAUCUACUCAAAGGGGGGCCUGGACCUGGUCUCAAUUUUUUCUGGGAUGUUCAAGACUAUCGGAUUUUAGUGUGCGGAGGGGAUGGUACUGUUGGAUGGAUUUUGGAUGCUAUUGAUAAAGCGAACCUUCCACAAAGGCCGCCUGUUGCUGUGCUGCCCCUGGGUACCGGGAAUGACCUUGCUCGAUGUCUCAGAUGGGGAGGAGGGUAUGAUGGCGAAAAUCUAGUAAAAUUUUUGAAAGACAUUGAAAAAAGUUCAAUAUUAUUGAUGGACCGAUGGAACAUUGAGGUCAUACCAGAGAACCAUGAGGAAAAAGGAGACCCUGUCCCGUAUGAGAUCAUUAAUAACUACUUUUCCAUUGGAGUGGAUGCUUCCAUUGCUCAUCGGUUUCACGUUAUGAGGGAGAAAUAUCCUGAAAAAUUCAACAGCAGGAUGAAGAAUAAACUCUGGUAUUUUGAGUUUGCUACAUCAGAAACUGUUUUCUCCACAUGCAAAAAAUUGAAGGAGUAUGUGACAAUUGAGUGCUGUGGGUCCCCCCUGGAUCUUAGUUCAGUGUCCCUUGAAGGCAUUGCUGUUAUUAAUAUUCCCAGUAUGCAUGGUGGCUCCAAUCUGUGGGGAGAGACAAGGAAACCUUUGGGUGAACCUCGAAAUGCUUCAAGUCAGAAUCUGCCUGAAGCUAUCACUGAUCCAGAGGCCCUAAAGUCAUGCGUUCAAGAUCUUAGCGAUAAGCGGUUAGAAGUUGUCGGAUUGGAGGGAGCCAUGGAGAUGGGACAAAUUUAUACAGGACUGAAAAGUGCCAGAAAACGACUGGCUAAAUGCUCAGAGCUUACCAUUCGAACAACAAAACCACUUCCAAUGCAGAUUGAUGGGGAGCCAUGGAUGCAGCCACCAUGCACAAUUAAAAUUACACAUAAGAACCAGGCACCAAUGCUGUUGGCCCCUCCACCACGUUCCUCAAGCUUUUUUUCUAAGUAGCAGAUAAGGCUGGAAAAAACCUAAUCUCUAUAAAUCGAUGAUGACCUAUUCUUCUACUGUAAGGAACCAUGGACCAUAAGCUUAACCUUCUACCCUCAGACCCUUCUUGUUAGAACCAACCUGUAGGGCCGGCCUCCUCACCAUCACCAAUGCUUCUGACCAUCCUGUUUUACCAGCUGAGCUGUCAGAGAUCAUUUAUGAGCAAAGCAUCAGAGAAUGAAUACUCCUCUCAUCAGUCUUAGGAGCAUUAUAUACAGUAUGACCAAACACAAAGUAGAUAUUUAGAAGAUUAUUAUUCUCUAGAUGCCCAUUGAGCAUGUUCCUCUUUCCUUUUAGACUACCCUUAAAAGCUAUUAUACAGUACUGGUAACCUUAUAGUACCAAUUUUAGGAUAAGAUUAUAUUUUUCCUUGUUUUAGGACAAAAACUAAAUCCAUACAUAUUGUACGUAUGUUUACAAUAUAUCUGAUAUUUUUAGAAUGUAAAAAAAAAGCGUAAGACAUUAUGCAUAGGAAAUAACAUAUCAUAUAUGAACUUUCCAUCAUUUGUAGUAUACAGCAGCAUAAUACUGAGACCAUGUCCGCUAUCUAUCUUUUAUUGCAGUUGAAAUUGGUACGAACCACAGAAUUGGGAUAGCAGAUCACAUUGCACUGUUUUUAUUUAUAUUUUUUAACUUAUAAUGCUUAUAUGGACAAUGAAUAUAAAUGUUGCCAAAUCUGAUUUAGAGAAUCAUGUAAGCAGUAGGAAAUAAAACAAUGCAACAUACGCUGGUGA